UCUUCAGCCAUCUUGAAGAUGGACUGCACAGUGGUGGAUCUGGAGACGCUCCAGGCUCUGUAUGAAAACAGAGCUCAGAAAGAGGAGAUGGACCAGAUCGAGAAACAUGUCAAGUCUUCCAAAGACAAAGAAAAACCAAAACCACUGGACAAGCCUGAACAGUUUCUGCUGCAGUUGUCAGAGGUUCCUCAGUUCUCAGAGCGGGUUUUUUGUAUUCUCUUCCAGUCCACCUUCACAGAGUGUGUUACAUCAGUUCAGCGCAAGCUAGAAACCCUUGGGAGAGUCUGUACGGCUCUACAAUCAGGCCAAGCUGUCCUGCAGAUCCUAGGUUUGGUUCUAGCUUUUGGGAACAUCAUGAAUGGGGGCAACCGGAGCAGAGGACAGGCAGACGGAUUUUCUCUUGACAUCUUGCCCAAAUUAAAAGAUGUCAAGAGCAGUGAUAAUUCUCAGAGCCUCCUGUCCUACAUAGUUGCUUACUAUCUGCGACACUUUGAUGAGGAUGCAGGUAAAGAAACGUGCACGUAUCCACUUCCAGAACCUCAGGAUCUAUUUCAGGCAUCGCAGAUGAAGUUUGAAGAUUUUCAACGUGACCUCCGCAAGCUACGGAAAGAUCUAAAUGCCUGUUCAGCAGAAAGAGAAAAGGUGUGUAAUAUCUCAUCUGAUGAGCACCUGCAGCCCUUUAAGGACAAAAUGGAUGAUUUUCUAACUAAAGCCAAAACAGAGCUGGAGCUCCAGGAAAAACAGCUCACUGACACGCAGAGGAUUUUUCUGGAGCUGAGCGUGUUUUUCUCGGUCAAGCCUAAGGCGGGAGAGAAAGAGGUUUCACCGAACACAUUCUUCACAGUGUGGCAUGAGUUUUCAUCAGAUUUCAAGGAGCUGUGGAAGAGAGAGAAUAAAAGCCUCCUGCAGGAGCGGUUGAAAGCUGCAGAAGAGACUUUCAAACAAGCACGAGAGAAGGCUACCUACAACGUUAAACCUAAACAAGCAUCAGGAAUCAAAGCUAAGCUGGGCCAGAAGAUGUGAAAUUCUGCUGUACCGAAUCACUCAAGACUUGUUUAUGUGUCUGUUUGUUCUUUCUUUUUUUAAAUAAUAAGUUACUUCAGCGUAAACUUAAUAGCCGUGAAAUUAAAUGUUUAAUGUUAUUGUAUGAUUGGAAUACAUUUGUCAUUUCUGUAUUUUUUAAUAAUGACAAUCCAAGCUUGAAGUGCCCAUAAAGUUCAGAAACUUUACCUGUUUGGUAACACUUUAUUUCAAGGGGCAUUGAUAAGACUGACGUGACACCUUUAUAAUUAUCACAUCUAUAUAACACAAGUAUGGAGUUUUUAUGCAAGCUUAUGACAAUUGUAAUUAGGUGUCAUUAGUUAGGUUAGGUGUUUUUAAAUGCAAAGAUGACAUU